UGAGAAUUCGCGUCGCGAGGUUAAAGUUACAAACGCCAUUGGAAAAUGUUAAACUCCUGGAGCUGCCUGGCGGCAUUGAUCUAUUGCUGGACAAUUUGGUUGAGUGGAUCCUCGGAGGCACUGCAGCAUGAUGAUGGAAGCAUGGGAGUGGGCAACAGCAUUGCAGCACCUGGUCAACCGUUGUAUUACCUAAUGGCCGAUGUGGGCCCUACGGUGGGUCCCAAUGAUGAACUGAAGCGCACGAAUCGAUCGCUGAUGAAGUGGUGGGAUGAUUUGUUUGGUCAAAAUAAUUGCUGCAACAACAACAACAAUUUGCCGAAUAACAACAUCAAUUGGCUGAACAACAAUAACAAUCUUUUACCCAACAAUUGCAAUGGAUUGCAAUUGCAGAAUCUGGAUCCGUUCAAGCAAAUGAAAUUGUUCAAGAAGCUGCCCGAUUUGUUUGGCAACAACUGUGGAGGACAAUGUGGUCAGUGUGGAGCUGGAGGUCUGCAGCCAGUCAACAACUAUGUGGCACCGGUGAGUCCUGGUUAUGGCGGCGAUGGGUAUGCACCAGCACAGCCAACUCCAGCGGUUCCUCCAGUGGCUCCAGUUGACUACAAUCCUGCGCCAGCGCCACCUAGCGGUGGCUAUGAGACACCAAAUCCUGCCUACGAUGGUCCUGGCGACGGAGAUGCCGGUUAUGUGGCACCACCAGCACCACCUCCAGCUCCUGCCGCAGACAGCUACGAAGCACCGCCGACUUCGGACUAUGCGGCACCACCUGCUUCCAGCUAUGAAGCACCAGAUCCUGCACCACCCACAUAUGAACCCGCUGCUCCUGCGCCCGCUCCUGAGAGUUAUAGCAAAGUGGAUGAGUAUGCCAAACCGGAAAAGAGCUAUGGUGGUGCACAGCCACCACAAAUUGUCUAUCAGCCGAUCAUCUAUCUAACUGCAUCGCCAGGCGCCAAGGCUGAAACGGAGAUCAGACCGAAGCCGCAGGUGCAAAGCUAUGAAGGUCAAACGGAGCCACCACAACCGCUGCCAGUUUAUCAGCCACCACCCAACACACCAGCGCCAACACCUGUCUAUGCCCCGCCUCCAGCAGCAGCUCCUGCCCCACACUGCAAUUCGCCCGCCUGUGGAGGAUAUUUGCCACUUGUGGGCGUGCCCUUCUAUAGCUACCCUGCCCCGCCUGCACCACCACCAGCGCCAGUUUAUGCAGCACCACCACCAGCGCCAGUCUACGCUCCAACACCUGUAGCACCACCAGCUCCACCAGCCUAUGCUUCAUCUGCUUGCCAGACGCCCAUACGAUUGUCCUUGUACGAUCAGCCCUAUCGUGUGGCUCCCGAACUCUUCCGGGAAUACAACUAUCGCCUGUCCUUGGCCGACAACAAUAGAUUAUAGCCUAUCGAUUGUCAAUUCACAUUCAAUUUCUAGCUGUAAAUAAAAUGUAUCUAACGCUCUUUG